CUGUACGUACAGUAUUAGCCCCAGUUGGCAUAGUGCUACAUUUGGUUAGAAAAUUUUAUUUUCCUUGUCAGUCACUUUUAUCAGACAGAUUGGACUCGCUGAAGGGAUCAGAAUUAUCGCUCAUCAAACAACACUUCAAUUUUAUACCAGACCUACUCUUAAAUAACGUCUCACCGAGUUAUUCCUGGCACCAUGAGUGACACCGUUGAAGCGGCUGCGCCGCACAGCGCCUUUGACACAAUCCUGGUGCUCGAUUUUGGGUCUCAGACAAGUCACCUUGUUGUGCGACGUCUAAGAUCUUUCAAUGUAUACUGCGAGAUGCUCAGUUGUACCACGAAGCUUGCGGAGCUUACUUGGAAGCCAGUUGGCAUCAUUUUGAGUGGAGGCCCAUCUUCUGUCUAUGAUGAAGGAGCUCCUCACGUCGAUCCCGCAAUCUUCGAUCUGGGGGUCCCCAUCCUGGGAAUCUGCUAUGGCUGUCAAGAAAUUGCCUGGCGUAUCAACGACAAGAACGUCGCUCGCGGCGAUGCGCGAGAGUAUGGCGAGACGGACCUUUCCAUCCACAAAGUCGGGGGCGAUCCCGACCGCCUUUUCGAGGGUCUGGGAGACUGCCUGCACGUUUUCAUGAGUCACUUCGACAAGCUCGUUCGUCUGCCCGAGGGAUUUGUGAAAAUUGCCUCGACGAAGAACGCCGAGUUCGCCGGAAUUGCCCACGAGUCGAAACCCAUUUUCGGUAUCCAGCUCCACCCUGAGAUCUCCCACACCGCACGGGGCACUGACAUUCUCCGCAACUUUGCCGUCAAUAUCUGCAAGGCUCGUGCCGACUGGGAGAUGGAGAACUUCACCGAAAAGGAGGUCAACAGGAUCCGCAAGCUUGUUGGAGACAAGGCCCAAGUUAUUGGAGCCGUCUCUGGAGGUGUUGAUAGUACCGUGGCGGCUAAGCUCCUGAAAGAAGCUAUCGGCGACCGAUUCCACGCCAUCCUUGUGGAUACUGGUUUGAUGCGUCUCAACGAAUGCGAACAAGUCAAGGAAACGCUGCAGGAGCAUCUCGGUAUCAACCUGACGAUUGUGGAUGGGUCUGAGCUCUUCUUGGGUCGUCUUGCCGGAGUCGUCGAACCCGAGGCCAAGCGCAAGAUCAUCGGCGGAACUUUCAUUGAUCUCUUCGAGAUUGAGGCACUUCGGAUCGAGAAAGGCGCCGAGAAUACACCCCUUGCUGGCAAGGUGGAAUGGUUCCUUCAGGGCACCUUAUAUGCCGACAUCAUUGAGAGCCUCAGCUUCAGAGGGCCGUCAGCUACCAUCAAGUCCCACCACAACGCCGGAGGUCUCCCGGCUCGAAUGCAGAAUGGCGAGGCGCAACUCAAGUUGCUUGAGCCCCUUCGCGAGCUGUUCAAGGACGAGGUGAGGAGUUUUGGUCGCCAACUCGGUAUCCAUGAAGAUCUGGUCAUGAGACAUCCCUUCCCUGGACCAGGUAUUGGUAUCCGGAUCAUCGGCGAGAUCACUCCCGAGAGAGUCGAGAUCGUGAGAAGGGCCGACCACAUUUUCAUCUCAAUGAUCAAAGAAGCUGGUCUUUACCAAGAGGUCACGCAAGCCUACGCUGCGCUUGACACGAACAGAGCCGUGGGAGUGCAGGGUGAUUCCCGGGUUUACGGGUAUAUCUGCAUCCUCAGAGCCGUGACCAGCUUGGACAUGAUGAGCGCCGAGCCGUACGAGUUCUCGUGGACUCUGCUGAAGGCUAUAAGCAGACGCAUUGUCAACGAAGUCGAUGGCAUUGCGAGAGUUGUUUACGAUACAACAUCGAAGCCCCCGGGUACCAUCGAGCUAGAGUGAUUGAUUUCUGAGUUCAAAAAUAGACUUGAUUUGUAGACACUGUGCAAGCUACAACUUGUUGCUCGUGAUGACACCGAGGAGACCUCCCAGGGAGCGGCAUAGAUACUCACACUAUAACAACUU